UCUGCCAACUAGGCUAACAAACACGGAAUGAGCUAUCCUAAAGGUGGAACUGUCUGUAAAGUUUAAAUUGCGACCACACAAGACGCUAAUUGUGAUUCCAACUCAUCAUUUGCAAAGCAUAUGCAUGAAAUUCGGCCUCUGUCGCAUGUCAAUGCGUAAAUAGCCACCAUUGCAGUGUCAACGAUGAAGAAAUAUGUUGCGAUAUGGGGAGGGAUGUUUUUUAUCGUCGCCAGUGUGUCUCUGUAUCUGAUGAUGGAGGCAGUAUCUACUGGUACACGAUCACCAGACAUGCUUCAAUCUCAUGAAGUUGAUACCAAAAUCAAGCGAAUCCAGUCACAAAUUCAACAUAACCAAGACACUAUCAGAGACAUCAAAGACCUAGUUGGACAGCUUUCUAAAGAUGGGGACAAAAAUACCCUGGAAAAACUACAGAAAGUUCUGUCUGAGGUCGACCUGGAUGUGAAAGCAGUGGACUUACCAAAAACAAAAGAUGGAGCCAAAAGUUGGCUACAAGGUUUAAUUGGAGAUGAUGGUUCCAAGAAAGAGACUGUUUAUCAGCAACCAAGAGGGGAGGUAACUGUGUCGGGAGAAGUAUGUAGCCUGGCAGAUGCACCAAAUGUAGAGUCCGAUGUGAAGACAUUAAAACUGAUGGACCUGUUGCCGUUUGAUAAUCCGGAUGGUGGAGUCUGGAAACAGGGUUGGCCCAUCACCUACCCAGCAAAUAAGUGGAGUGGGGAAAAGAAGUUACAUGUGUUUGUGGUCCCUCACUCUCACAACGAUCCAGGCUGGGUGAAGACAUUUGAUGAUUACUAUCAAGCCCAGGUUAGACAACUCCUUGACAACAUAAUCAACAAGCUAGAAGAGGAUCCCCGAAGGAAGUUCAUUGAGACGGAGAUGUCUUUUUUUUCCACCUGGUGGCAUGACAUCACACAAGAUAAACGUAAACGUGUGAAAAGACUGGUGGACAACGGACAGCUGGAGAUUACAACAGGAGGCUGGGUCAUGACUGACGAGGCCAAUGCCCACUACUCGGCCAUUGUGGAUCAGCUGAUCGAAGGCAACCAAUGGGCACACAAUGUUCUAGGUGUUGAGCCCAAGUCUGGCUGGGCCAUUGAUCCGUUUGGUCAUUCUCCGACGAUGGCGUACCUCCUAAAGCGAGCAGGGCUUAACAACAUGUUGAUACAGCGUGUCCAUUACGCUGUCAAGAAAAAACUAGCGAAGGACAAACAGUUGGAGUUUAUGUGGAGGCAGCACUGGGAUCGUGAUGGCAGCACGGAUAUGAUGUGUCAUAUGAUGCCAUUUUACUCGUAUGAUGUGCCCCACACGUGUGGUCCCGACCCUAAGAUAUGUUGUCAGUUUGACUUCGCUAGGAUGCCACCGAGUCGAUAUAACUGUCCGUGGAAGGUCGCCCCCAGUGCCAUUACAAACAGCAAUGUAAAUGAGAGGGCCAAAACAUUGGUUGACCAAUACCGUAAAAAAGCGGAGCUGUACCGCAGUGAUGUAGUAUUGAUCCCGUUAGGGGACGACUUCCGAUACGACAAGGAUGACGAAUGUGAACGCCAGUUCAGCAACUACCAAAAGUUGUUUGACCACAUGAAUUCAUCACCAGAGCUGGGAGUAUCGGCCCAGUUUGGUACUUUGUCCGAUUACUUCAACAAGAUCUACGAGUUGUCGGAGGUGGAGCAGGGCUCUCGGCCAGAAGACUAUCCUGUCUUGUCAGGAGACUUCUUCACCUACUCUGACCGAGACGACCAUUACUGGAGUGGUUACUAUACAUCCCGGCCAUACUACAAAAACUUAGACAGACUGAUGGAGUACCACGUCAGAGCUGCUGAGGUUGUAUUCACAUUGGCCCUUAGUUACAGUCGCCAGGCAGGUGUGACCAACUUCCCCCAGGAGAAGUUGAUGCAGAAACUGGUGGGUGCCCGCCGCAACAUGGGGCUCUACCAACAUCACGAUGGUAUCACCGGCACUGCCAAGGACUUCGUCGUCGUGGACUACGGGGAACGGAUGCUGAAGGGAUUAAUGGACUGUAAAUCCAUCAUUGUGGAGUCGGCGAGCCUUCUGAUGCUGGAGAACAAGAGUGAUUACAAAUACCCCAAGGAACCUCUGUUUAGCUUGGAUGAAGACAGGAAGUCACAUGACUCGUUACCUGAGAGAACAGUUCUGGAUGUUACCGAGGUGACUAGCUCUGUUCUGUUCUAUAACUCUCUGGGUCAGGAAAGGGAACAAGUGGAGGCUGUCUUUGUUACCUCCCCUUUUAUAGAAGUCCAGUCACCAGAUGGCGUUAAUGUACAGGCACAGGUAGAUCCUGUAUGGGAAUCCCCAACAGUCAUGAUUCCGAAGAAGUUCAAGCUGUCGUUUUUAGUACGGGUGCCAGCACUUGGAAUCGCUCGAUACACAUUGAGAAAGGUUCAGCCGGAGGCAGUGAAGUCCACUUCCUUUGCGUCAGCCGUAGUCAUGAAUGUUGUCAUCACCGAUCAUAAAGAAACAUUCCCUUUCACACUGAAAAUGGAAAAGCCACAAGAUUUUACACUGGAAAAUUCAAAUUUGGCCGUGCACAUCAGUGGAAAAACUGGAUUUCUUACGAGUGUGACAACAAAGUCUGAUGAUAAGAAGCAUGAAGCUGAAGUGACAUUCCUCAAAUAUGGCACGCGUGGAUCUAAGGAGAAGAGUGGGGCUUACCUGUUUUUGCCAGAUGGCCAUGGAAAGCCAUUGGACGGUGUGAUUCCUGUUAUAAGGGUAAUGCGAGGACCUGUGGUGUCAGAGGUGACUGUCUAUACACGCAAUGUUCAACACACACUACGACUAUACAAUUCACCAGGUACAGAUGGUAUGGUAGUGGACAUAUCCAAUCUGGUUGACAUUAGAAGGGAGAUGAACUUUGAGUUGGCCAUGUCUAUAGCUACCAACGUUCAGAACACAGAUCGCGAGUUUUACACCGACCUGAACGGCUUCCAGAUGUUGAAACACAAGACGUUUGAUAAGUUACCGCUCCAGGCUAAUGUGUAUCCAAUGCCAGCCAUGGCUUAUAUAGAGGACGAGAUGAAUCGCUUCAGUUGUCUGUCAGCCCAGAGUCUGGGUGUGGCCUGUCAUUACAAAGGUGAGGUUGUUGUGAUGUUGGACCGUCGCCUCAACCAAGACGACAACCGAGGCCUCGGGCAGGGUGUGAGGGACAACAAAGUUACGCCAAACAGAUUCCAGUUGUUGUUUGAGAAGCGCCGAUCUCCGACGCCGAAGGAUAAGAUGAUCGGAUACCCCUCUCUCCAGGCACAUGUAUCCUAUCUCCAUCUCACACAUCCGAUAUUUGUCUCUCCGGAGAAUAUGGAUGCCCUAACUCACCGCUACCUACCGACCUUUAGUCCCCUGGCUGAGCCGCUGCCUUGUGAGGUUCACCUCCUCAACCUACGAACACUUCAGAACAGGGAUGAUGAUUUGAAUUUGAGGUACAAACCAAGGAAGGAAGCUGGACUUCUGCUACAUAGUCUUGGACACGACUGUAACUUCGCCAACAAAGGCCUUCUUUGUCACUCGAAUGGGGGAAAGGUGGUGCUGGGAAAGCUGUUCCAGCAGAUGACUUUGGACAAGGUCACAGAAACAACCUUGACCUUGAUCAAGGAGAAAGAGGAGAUAGACAAAGCUGCAUCAAUAGCACUGAAGCCUAUGGAAAUUUAUUCAUACAAGCUAACAAUACACUGACAGGUGUAGAAACAUAACCUAUUACAGUCAGCUUACUAUGUAAAGUCAACUUAAGCUCUAUCAGCUUAACUCUCUGUUUCAGAAAUAUUUCAUCACUGUUCCUGUUUACUGGUAUAGAUUUCUAGAUUCAGCAUGCCUAAAUACAUAGGUGUGUGGUUUGAAUAUACUUAAAUUAGAAUUAAAAUCAAAUGCUUUAAAUUAUUCAUUGGGCUAUUCCAAAUUUACAAUGUUUAGAAUGAAGUAUUUUAGCUCUCGAUAAGGUGAUUUAGAUUCCUAAAAAUAGAUAUUCUACAGUUGGUAUGGCAUGUAUUUAUCAGUGGGAGAGGUAAACACAUUCCAAAUUAAGUUAAAUUUGAAUUAGGCGAAUUAAUUAAGGCCCAUUAGACCUGUUUUUUUAAAUGGAAGAGAGUAGAAAUUUUUUUACAGUUACUAAAUCGUAAUAAUUGGUGUAAAUUUUAACUGUAGAACGGUCAGGAGGACUGGCAUCUGUGAUCAAUGUUUGUUUGCCUUAUUGGAUAAUGUUAGGAGACAGGGUUAUGUCGGAUCACGUAAAAUUGAGGAGGUAAUACAAAAGAUAUGUAUAUUUUGUACAUUGUUGCCCCUGACAACCACAUCACAUACCCGGUAACCUCAUUAUAUAUACUGGUAACCAUGUCAUGCAGCAUUAUUUGAUUUUUGUGUGAUUUAAGAGAUUUCCAGUUGUCAAGUUACCAUAUUCUCCGUAAUUAGCGCUC